AUGGGGAUGCAAGAGGCUGUCGCGUGGACUACAAGUGGUGACGCAAAGCUUGGACUACAUCAUGUACAGGCUAAAAGUAUUCAUGAACAGGCACAUGCAAAUUGGGAGCCAUAUGACUUUAAUGGUGGCACUGUCUUGGCCAUUGCAGGCGAGGAUUUUGUCGUCGUGGCAGGAGAUACGCGUUUGAGUACGGGUUAUUCAGUAUUAAGCCGUGAUGAGAGCAAGCUGCAUACAUUAACACCUACGACCGUGUUGGGAUGUCCUGGAUCUCAUAAUGAUAUUAUUCAGUUGCGUGGUGUACUGAGUAUUCGUGCCCAAAUGUACCAGCACGAUAAUGAGACGUCCAUGAGUUCAAGUGCGAUGGCACAGCUGCUCAUGAACACGCUGUACUCGCGUCGUUUCUUCCCAUAUUAUGCGUUCUGUAUCCUAUGUGGUAUUGAUGAAGAAGGCAAGGGAGUUGUGUAUACGUACGACGCCAUUGGGUCGUACGAUCGGGUAUCACGUGCAGCACAAGGAUCCGGAGGGCACUUGAUGAUCCCGUUGCUGGAUAAUUUGGUAGAGCACGACACGCGCUCGGACCCAAAGAAGACGUUGACAUUGCAGGAAACGAAAGAUAUCAUCAAGGAUGCGUUCAUUACGGCUGGAGAAAGAGAUAUUUACACGGGUGACAGCGUGGAGAUCUUGACUAUCAAGGCUUCGGGUAUUGACAGGGAGAUGUUUGCACUCAAGAAGGACUAA